AGUUAUGCUACAAGGCUCAACACCAGACAGACACCAUCUCUGCGCUGGAGCCUCCAAGGGAAAUUAGCUUCCGGAUAAGUGAUUCCUAUCACAUACAGGACUUUACCAAGCGUCUUUUGUGUGCGGAAUCCCGUGCUGCGGCGCGAAAGAAGCAUACUUGAAAAAAUGUCCGAAACACACAUCAAGAAGGCCAAAUCAACCAGGACUUUAACCAGGCCGGAACCGGAAUUCGAAGACGAGUCAUCUAUGGGGAAACCAUUCUACGAUAGUGAAGAUGGUGGUCACGCGCCAAAGGUCGUGACGAAGAAAGAUGAGACGGAGGAGAAAUUGGAGAGAUUGCUCUUCGGAGACGAUGCGGGUUUUCAUGAGGCGUUGAAGAGCCAUCGGACUCCCGGAACGAUGGAUUUGGUGCUGCAGGCUGAUUCGGAUGAAGAGGAAGGAGAAGGUGAAGAAGAGGGAGGGUUGGAUGAUGUUGCGGAUGCGGAUCUUUUCUUCUUGGAUUCAGGAACUGCUGAUGUUGCUGGAUCUCAUGGCGAUGUAGCCAUGACUCUCGCGGAGGACGGGGAGAAAGAAGAAGAGGAGGAGGAGAUUACACCGGCCGCAUGGCACGAUAGCGACGAUGAGCGCCUUACUAUCUCCCUGGCGAGUGAACAGAGGUUGCGAAAGCUGCGGAAUACGGAGGCGGAGGACCUUGUCAGCGGAAAGGAGUAUAUUCGUCGCCUGCGCAGACAGUUUGAGCGCCUACAUCCUACUCCUGAAUGGGCGGUGCCGGAGCGGAGCACGAAGCGACGGAAGACGAUCAAUGGCGAUGAGGAUGACUCUGAUGCUUCUAGCGGUGUCGAUGACAUGGAUACGUCCGAUGAGGAGGCGGAACUGACGAUGCAGCCGCUGGCUAAGCUACUUCAGAACGCGGGUGAUCUGGUCAUGAAUGAGGAUAAUACGAAGACGGGCGGGAAGAGAAAACUCCGCCAGGAGGUCAUUGAUAUUCAGAGAUUGAAGGACGUCGGUGCAAAUCAACCGUCCUCUAUCGACUCUCUGUCCUUCCACCCUCAUUAUCCUCUUCUUCUCUCGUCCGGUCCGGCAUCUACUCUCUUCCUCCACCAUAUCUCCCCUGAUGCCCCUAUCCCGAAUCCACUUCUCACAUCUCUCCAUAUCCGGCGCACGCCACUCCAUACCUCUGCAUUCGCGCCGCCAACUGGCAACAAGAUCUUCGCCUCCGGUCGCCGCCGGUACUUCCACAUCUGGGAUCUCAACACCGGCAAGAUCGAAAAGGUCAAUGGCACAGCCGACCGCAAGAACGAACAAAAGUCCAUGGAGAGGUUCAAGUUGUCCCCUUGCGGACGGUAUAUCGGCUUGGUUGGAACAGCCCGCAAGGGCGGCGGUCUCAUCAACGUCUUGGACGCAGGCACCGCCCAGUGGAUUGCACAGGUGCGUGUGGACGGCCGCGGCGGCGUUGCAGACUUCGCAUGGUGGAGUGACGGCGAAGGCAUGACUGUUGCCAGCAAGAAUGGUGAAAUCUCCGAAUGGGACGGCCGACUCCGUCGCGUCGUCGCCCGCUGGGUCGAUGAGGGCGCUGUUGGAACUACGGUCAUCUCUCUUGGUGGCCGUUCAGGCCGUAAGGAACUCGGUGGAGACCGCUGGGUCGCAGUAGGCAGUUCUAGCGGUAUCGUCAACAUUUACGACCGACGACCCUGGGCGGCUGCUUCUGCUCAAGCCUCAUCCUCAUCAAAAGACAAGAACGAUAUCCAGGUUGAAAUUCCUCGAAACCCAAAACCUACCCGUGUCUUUGACCAUCUAACUACCCCGACGAGCCAUCUCGUCUUUUCUUCUGAUGGCCAGCUCAUGGUGAUGGCCAGUCGAUGGAAGCGUGAUGCGCUGAGAUUAGUCCACCUCCCCUCUUGCACCGUCUACCGAAACUGGCCUACAUCCAACACGCCCUUUGGCCGUAUCUCCUCUGUGGCCAUUUCUCCCGCCUCCGACAUGCUCGCUGUUGCGAACGAGCAGGGUAAAAUCCGAGUGUGGGAGAUCCAUGGAUAGAUAUAUCUUUUUCAAAUAAGGUUGAAUUCAAUUCAAAAAGAUUAGAUUCGUUUGGAUUAUCGUCAGGAUAUAGAUUAUCACGGUGUAGAUUAUAAUCGUUUUAUGUUGAAUCUUUGAUAUAAAGUUUAUAUGUAUAAUGAUGGGUCUAUCUCUGUCCAGAUGAGCUAAUCUUUCUGAGUAACUAACUGUAUGUCGAAUAUUAAAUGGUAAGUUAGCACAGAAGCAUAUUUAGACCUGAACAAUUUGACUUGCUUGCUUGAAUCUAGUUCUAGGG